AUGGUUGUGUAUUCCGGUAAUCUGAUGGUAGUCGCUGCACUCAAUUACUUACCUGCUGGUGAUUCUCCAUCCACCAGUGUGACGGCAAAUGUGUUUGUUCAUUUUGCGAAUGAAAACAAUAAAGUGAUGUGCAGCAAAGAUAUGCCUGUGGGCAGACAGAUUAAAAAGUCUUCGAUUUCGCAAAUGGUAAUGAUACAAAUGUUAAAAAAUGGUAUGCAGCCUGUGCAGAAAAGUGCCGUUGACUUCUUUUUUUUACAAAUACUGGGCGAAGGUUGUUUUUCUACGGUGUAUCGUGCUCGUGAGGUAUCCAGUGGAAAGGAAUUUGCUCUAAAAGUGCUCAACAAAGACUUAAUUCGACGACAUGAUAAGGUUGUGUCGGUUAUGCGUGAGAAAGACGUAAUGACUUCGUUGACUUAUUUGCAUGGCGGACAUCCAUAUUUCGUAUCCUUGUAUUGUACUUUCCAGGAUCCCACUCGUCUUUACUUUGCUAUGACCUAUGCAAAAAAUGGUGAUUUGUUGACAUAUUUGCACCGCCUUGGUUCCUUUGAUGAAGAUGUGACUUUGUUUUAUUCGGCUGAACUUGUAUGCGCGAUCGACAUACUCCAUAAAUGUGGCAUUAUUCACAGGGAUUUGAAACCAGAAAAUAUUUUGCUUGGAGAAAAUUGGCACAUAAUGUUAUCUGAUUUUGGCACGGCGAAAUUUGUUGAUUCAGAAAAAGAUGAAACAGAUACGAAAAGUGCUCUUCAGGAAGAACACCAUCGUAGUCGAUCAACGUUCGUUGGCACUGCUCAAUAUCUUUCACCAGAAGUGCUGGUGGAUGGAGAAGUUGGCCCAUCAUGCGACUAUUGGGCUUUGGGUGCAAUAAUUUUUCAAAUGGUUUCUGGAUUACCACCAUUUCGUGCUAUUAAUGAUUACCAUACUUUUCAAAAGAUUCAGAAGCUGGAUUACAAUUUCCCUGAAGGGUUCCCUGACCUUUCCAAAGAUCUCGUUCGAAAAUUCUUGGUGUCCGAUCCUAAUAAACGUCUUGGUUCUGAACAAACAGGUGGUAGUGAAGCUGUUCGUUCGCAUCCAUAUUUUGCCACAGUUGAUUGGGACAAUUUGAUCACAAAAACGCCACCGCCUUUUAAGCCAUAUUUGCCCGCCAGUUGUGGAGAACCAGCUUUUCAUAGCGAUUACCAUUUUCCAGAUGAUAUAGAACCCGGUCUUGAUGAUGCAGCAGUAACUCGCUUGCUAGGACUUUCUUUAAAAGACUUCUGUUCCCCCAGUCAAAAUAAAGGUAAUUUGGAAACAGAAGAACCCGAGUUAGCUGGAUUGCGUGAAAAAAAACUCAACAUUCAGCGAAAAGAACAUAAAUAUCAUCGUUUUGUGGAAGGCAAUUUGAUCAUUAAAAGUGGUUUAUUGGAUAAAAAAAAGGGAUUGUUUGCUAGAAGAAGAAUGUUUUUACUGACAGAAGGACCACACAUAUUUUAUGUGGAUCCCAUAAGUAUGGAACUAAAAGGCAAAAUACCGUUCUGCCGGAAGUUGCGAGUUGAAGCAAAAAAUUUUCGAACUUUCUUCGUGCAUACACCAAGUCGUACUUAUUAUUUAUUUGACCCGGAGCGAAAUGCACUGGAAUGGUGUAAAGCAAUAGAAGCUUUGCGUGAACAAUAUCUAAAUGAAUUACCAGAAGAAUCGGAUUGCUUAGAUACGAAAAACACUAAGCGACGACGAUAA